AGCUUGUCCCCACUAGAGAACCCUCAAUAUUUGUGAUCAAAGACAGCAACCUGAUCUUGCUCUCCCUUCUUUUGACUACUCGCUAUUCGGUUCACUUUUUCAGUUCUUUAGCAAUAAUUGUAAAUAUCUGUUUAGAAUAUUCCAGUGAAAUACGCUUAAUAUUAUAAACACUAUUUCAAUAUCAAUGUCAAAAUUGUUCUAAAAAAAGCAAAUAUGUGCAAGACACGUCUUUUUGAUGCAAGCAGUGAGGGCCAACCAACAAACAAUGGGCCACCGAUGCACAAUAAAGCUAAAGAUUAUAGCGUUUUCGCAAAGGAAUUUGUCGAUAAUUUACUUUCCGAAGGAACCAGAGCUGCUUGCGAUGAUUCUGUAGAAUCUUUCAACAAUGAUGGAUUGCCACCAUUUUACGAUGAGGAUUUGUUUAAAAGGGGACAAGCUUUCCAUCACAAACAUAUUUUUGGUAUGUUUUUGGGCAGUUUGUUGGGAUUGCUCGCUGAUUUAUCCAUAAAAUCCGCAUUAGCCAUACUGUCCAUGACCAAACAGUCCAGUAGUGACUUGUCUGCUUACAAACGAUACAUGUCAACUAUUUUUCACGUUGUUGUUUGGUAUGAAAGUGAAUUUAAACCUGGCAGUAGACUAUGGGAAUCCGUUAAAAUGGUCAAAGCGAAACACAACAGAGCUAGCAAAAAAGCUAUGAAGGUUCUAAACUUCGGGAUAAACCAAACAGAUAUGAUAUUAGCGCAAUGGGGAUUCAUGGGACUGGUCGUUACUAGAAGCAAGUUUCUAGGAAUUCAUGACGACGAUGAAGAAGGAUGGAAAUCUUUUAUUCAUGUUUGGAGGGUGUUGGGUUAUGCUUUUGGAAUUCAAGACCAAUUCAACAUAUGCAGAGAAUCAGUAGCAGAAACCCGUGCAAUUUGUGAAGAAGUCCUCAAGAGGAUAAUGGAACCCGAGGUAGCAGAAAAAGACUCGCGAUUCAUCCUCAUGAGUACAUAUUUGUUAGAUGGCUUGUGGGCCAUGAACCCUUUUUUGGAACUUACCUCGUUCCUGUUUUAUUUGAGAACAAUGUUCAAGAACAAUCUAUCUUCGAUUAACGAGAAAAACGAGGAGUAUCGCAGAUUAAGUAAGGGAGCGAAAUUCAGGGUAAAUUUUUUGGUUUUUUUAACAAGCCUGAUGCGUUUUCGAUUGGUGAGAGAGCUGAUGGGGUAUGUGAAACGACAUUCACUAUGGCUGAUGAAACAUUUUCCGUGUUUAGCGUAUUAUAAGUUUGGAAAAGAACAUGCGCAUGUAGAUAUUUUGACCAGUUAUUAGCUAUUACAAAAUAAAGUGGUAAAUUAGUCUUUAAUAUACAAUUAUUUAAAGUGCGCUUAGAACAUCUAUCAUUUGAUCAGAAGCAAGCAAGUAUUGAAACUGGUAAAGUUAAAAAUUUUCCAGUUUAUCAGGCCCACGCGCUCGAAGUUGAAUGACAAUGACUCGAUAGAUUUCAUGUUUACUAAGAGCUAUAUUUUAAAUUUUUGUAGAAUAAAUUAUUUGCAAUUUAUAAAAGUUGAAAAUGUAUAUACCGUUACUUUACAGACUUAAAUAUGUUGAAACAAAAAAUGUAAAUAAAAAUAGACCGCACACGGUAGAUGCUCUAGACGUACUUAAAUAACACAACAUUUAAUUAUAAUGUUAUUUAUUUAGGAUAAGUGCAACCUACUUUACAUUUAGUUACCACUAAACCAAAGAGUUCCAUUUGAGCAACUGACAUUCGCAAAUAGUUCCGCCAAUAAUUAUUUACUUGAAUGGAUAAGAUUGAUAAAAUAUAAAUUCUUAGUGUCAACUUAAGGUCUAUGAAUCAGUAAUUCAAUAGGAAAUUUUAUAAAAUUUAAAACGUGUUUUUUAAUGAAUUAAUUACUUCGAAAUCAAUAAAUACGAUCGUUUUGCAACGAACAUGAUAAAUAAAUAUUCUCUAUCUAUUAAUCCUUAUCAGCAAGGCUAGAACUCGAAACACUAAAUUUAUAUCAAGGCUCUAUAGUGAAUCAUAGUUGCAGAUAAAUUGAAGUAUAACAGUGUACACGAGAACAGUUGAAGUUCUGAAUUGUUCUGUAUAUUCUCAUUCAUUCUAAUUAGAGCAGAAACGGCAACAAUUUGAAAUUAUUGUAUCUAUUCUGUAUUUAGAUUUAAGACCGACUGUGCAGAUUCUUUAACAUUAACUGUGACUUUUGUAUAUACGUAUUAAUAUAAUGUUCCAACAAU